GCGGGCUCAUCACAGCUCACCACAGCUCACCACAGUAACACCUCUGUCAGCCAAGUGCAAGCAAGUGGUGUGCACUUCCGGCAGUCUUUCCCCAGAUUUUCCCCUCAGAUCUGGGGUUUCUCCCCGAGGCCUUGCUCUGGCUGGCCGGCUGGUCGGCUGGCCCUGUUCCUGGUGACGCAUCAUCACGCCGGCAACAAGAAACGGCCCAAUCCAGGCCGUUUUCGUCGACAUCCAGACAGCCGGGAGCCAAUGGGGUCGUCUCUCGGAUCGUACGGCCGGGCUCACGGCCAACGACAGAGUCAUGAAGUCUGAUGAUGCUGACCGGCCUGCCCCCCAGGCCCCCUGAAUCUCGCCUUAUCCACCCCGAGAAGCAUUUUCGGAAAUUGGGGCAUUCUGCUGUGCUUAAUUGAUUACAGCUAGACUCACCCUUCCAACUAAUACAAAAUGGCCUCCUCCCUUGAGCUGUGUUGAGCGGCUCUGGUGUCUGCCCAAGGUCUCUCUCGCCAGUCAACCCCCAUAUCUACAUUGCCCAGUACGAGGAAAGGAUCCGCCUGUGCAAUUACACAUCAUGAAGUCUACCGUUUGUGCGGCCUUGCUGGCCUCGGUGGCUGGGGUUACGGCCACACGCCCUCAGGUGGUGCCAUCUCCUGUCCAGCCUAGGGUGCCGGUUCCAAACCCGCCAGUGAGGACGAAGCAGUGUGUGGUCCAGACAAGUGGCAACGGGCUCGACGACUCAGAGCACAUCCUGGCUGCGUUCAACGACUGCAACAAUGGCGGCCACGUCGUGUUCAGCGAGAACGCCACCUACACCAUUGGCACCGCCAUGGACUGGACCUUCCUCAAGUCCAUUGACAUCGACAUCCGGGGUACCAUCAAGUUCACCGACGACACCGACUACUGGCAGGCCAACUCUUUCAAGUUCGGCUUCCAAAACGCCACUUCUUUCUUCAAGCUGGGCGGAGACGACGUUUUCAUCUACGGAGGCGGCACUCUCGACGGCAGUGGUCAGGUUUGGUAUGAUCUUUAUGCUGCAGACAAGUACAUUCUGCGUCCAGUCCUCAUUGGCAUCGAUGGCCUCCACAAUAGUAUUUUGAGCGACCUUGUGCUGAGGUACUCGCCACAAUACUACACAUUCAUGGCCAACUCGACCAACGUCGUGUUCAACAACUUCGAUAUCUCGGGAUACUCAUCAAGCUCCCACGAGGCCAAGAACACGGACGGCUGGGAUACCUACAGGUCAUCUGAUAUCACUAUCAUGAACUCUGUCAUCAACAACGGUGAUGACUGUGUCUCCUUCAAACCCAACUCGACGAAUAUCCUUGUGGAGUCUCUCUCGUGCAACGGCUCUCACGGAAUCAGCGUCGGCUCGCUGGGUCAGUACCCUGGAGAAUUCGACAUUGUCGAGGACGUUUAUGUAGCCAACGUUUCGAUGUCCAACGCCUCGGACGGUGCCCGUAUCAAAGUGUGGCCCAAUGUCGCCUCCGCGCUGUCUGGUGACUUGCAGGGAGGCGGCGGCAGUGGCCGUGUCAACAACAUCACAUUUGAUGGCAUGGCAAUCAGCAAUGUCGACUACGCCAUUGAGAUCACUCAGUGCUACGGACAGAGUCAGUGCCAUCCUUCUCCCAUCACGAAUACCCAUCUACCACGUUUUGUAAUCUUUCGGAAUGCAUUAUUUCAGGGUCCGCCGCAGGUGGCUAACACAGUAGCAGAGAACCUCACGUUGUGCCUGGAGUAUCCCUCGCCCCUGACGAUCGAGAACAUUUACUUCCGCAACUUCAAGGGCACCACGAGCAAGAAGUACUCGCCGAACAUCGGUCUCUUUGCCUGUUCGAGCAAGGAGGUCUGCGGUAACAUCUACGCCGACAACAUCGACGUCGUGAGCCCCGCGGGUGGUAACAAGGCGUCUUGCUUGAACGUCGACGAGAGCGUGUUGGAUGUCACCUGCCAGGCGAUGCUCUAAGCCGUCAGAGUGAGGCCUGCCGAAGGCAAUUUCUUGGAUAUAACUUUAGUUAGAGCGAAUAAAACUUGCAAAUACGUACUCCGUCUGGUAUUCUCUCUGGAGGUUAUUGAUCAACGAACGGUAUCGGUAUGUGAGCCUCUGAUGAUCUCAUAUCAAAACUUCCGCUUCUUCUUGGCCGGACCAGCAGCAGCCUUUCUCUGCAACUCCCGGUCCAGCUCUGCCCGUCUCCGGGCGGCCUUCUCCUCCCGCGUCUCUUCCUUUACCUCCUCUGCGGCGUCCGCCUCCCCACCGAGCCCGCCGCCGCCAGCAUGAGGUGAUCCACCGUCCGGUGCGCCACUCCCGACACCGAGCGCCUUCUUCGUCCCCUUGAGACCUCCCAGCCUGCCCUUCUUGGACGGCACGCGGUGGCUGCCGCCGUCCUCGGGCUCCGGUGACGAUGACGCCCUGGCCGUCCCGGGGUUUCCUCUCUUCUUCUUUGGCGGCGCGCCUCCCUCUUCCGGCUCGGGGGAGGGGGAUGGGGAUGGGGAUGGUGACGGAGAUGGGGAGGCCGAUGGAGCGGGCGACGGCGAUGGUGAGGGGGACGGAGUGGGGGAUGCGGACCCUCUUCCAGUCUUCUUUGCCUUAUCAGAUGUUGGCCUGGACGGGCGGGGGGAGGGUGCCGGGGAGGGCGUGGGAGACGACGCGGAUUCUCUGCCACGGCCUGUGCCGGCCCUGUUCCCUCGGGGCGGUGGCCUGGAGGCGGGAGGAGAAGCCGGCUCCGGGGAGGGCCUUGGGGACGCCGUGGGCGGGUCGUCCUCGGCCGCCUUGCCUUUCUGCCUCGCCGCCUGGUGCGCCGCGGUUCGCCCCCUUGAUGAGGUGGCGGUGCGACGGGGCCCUUGUUCGGGCUCGCUCACGUCGGACGCGGUCGUCUCAUCGUCCAGCUCUGUGUCACGCGUCAUGGCCGGGCUGUUGGGGGAGGACCGACGGGCCCCAGAUUGUGAUCAGUUCCGACGGGGCAAAGGAGGGAGGGAGGGUGGGGGUUUUCCGCAACGUGAUAGAUCAGGGCGUGCAAGGCGCUGGCUGGCUGGCUUGCUUGUCUGGCUGGCUGGCUGGCCCGUCUGUCUCUGGGUGCCACCUCGCGUCGCGUACCCUAUGGCUGUCAACUCGAUGCUGUGUGUCGUGCUGCAACCUGGCCAGCGCAGAAGUGUCGGGUGGUGACAAGACAAGGCGGGGGGGCACGCAGCCACGGGCGAGCGGGCGCGUCCGAAAAUAGAUAGCCCUGAGGCCUUCGGGAAUUAAAUUUCGAAGCACAGAGUUGCCGUGGCAGUCCGGUGUCACGCAGGGGCCUGGCCUUCUAUCUCCUGCUGCCCAACGUUCUUUUCUCCGUCGGGAUGGCGUGGCUGGAGGGGCCGCGCAGGCAACGGCGUGAGGUGGGACGUGUGAGCUGGGACGUCGGAGGUGAGAGGUGAGAGGUGAGAGUUGAGUUGGUGUGGUGUGGUCCACGGGUAUGGUAUGGUAUGGUACGCAAUGUACCGACACGCCUCGCCAAGUACACACUCGCAGCGGCGCGCAAGGGGGAAGGGAGGAAGGGGGCUUGCGGUGGGCUCCUCGUGCUACCAGCUGAUCCGUGUUGUGCAACGCUUCAGGUGUAGAUUAAUUGCCGGUAGAUGACACCGCACACAGCGUGCUACAAGGUCCCUUGGAGCCUCACGUCGCUCUGCUUUGGGAUCGGCGUGUGACGUUCUGGCUGCCUAAGG